AGCGGAUUGUUGCCGAGGACGCAUUCGGCUGUUAGAGGUAACACUGCUCAGCCUGCUCUUACCUGGACUUUCAUUACUAUGGACUUAACCGUGGAGAGCGCUGUGGAAAUUACCCUGUGCUGACCCACUUCUUCAUACGUUUCUUUAUCUCUCCAUCUUGGACGCCUUCUUCUGUUUCUGCCAGGUGCACUAAAGCUUGAGGAACCAUGUCGGACAAGAUGUCCAGUUUCCUCCAUAUCGGGGACAUUUGUUCCCUGUAUGCAGAGGGCUCCACCAGUGGCUUUAUCAGCACUUUAGGGCUUGUGGAUGACCGCUGUGUGGUUCAACCUGACACAGGCGACCUCAACAACCCACCCAAGAAAUUCAGAGACUGCCUUUUCAAACUGUGUCCUAUGAACAGAUACUCAGCACAGAAACAGUUCUGGAAGGCGGCAAAACCUGGAGGCAACAGCACAACUGACACAGUCCUCCUCAACAAACUCCAUCAUGCUGCUGACCUGGAGAAGAAGCAGAAUGAGUCUGAGAACCGCAAGCUGCUUGGCACAGUCAUCCAGUAUGGAAAUGUCAUCCAGUUGUUACACUUGAAAAGCAAUAAAUACCUGACAGUGAACAAGCGCCUACCUGCACUGUUGGAGAAGAAUGCCAUGAGAGUCACUCUGGACUCAGCGGGAAAUGAGGGAUCCUGGUUCUACAUCCAGCCUUUUUACAAGCUGCGAUCCCUUGGAGACAGUGUGGUGAUUGGAGAUAAAGUGGUCCUUAACCCCGUGAAUGCAGGACAGCCUCUACAUGCCAGCAGCCACCAGCUAGUUGACAACCCAGGAUGCAAUGAGGUUAAUUCUGUCAAUUGCAACACAAGUUGGAAAGUAGUUCUGUUCAUGAAAUGGAGUGACAACAAGGAAACAAUACUCAAAGGGGGUGAUGUAGUGCGGUUGUUCCACGCUGAGCAGGAGAAAUUCCUUACUUGUGAUGACUACAAGAAGAAGCAGUAUGUUUUCCUUAGAACCACCGGCCGGCAGUCUGCCACCUCUGCCACCAGCAGCAAAGCACUGUGGGAAGUUGAGGUGGUUCACCAUGACCCAUGUAGGGGAGGUGCAGGCUACUGGAACAGUCUGUUCAGAUUUAAACACUUGGCCACAGGGUGCUAUUUGGCUGCCGAGAUGGGUGAGGUGGUGGACUUUGCACCCUUUAAUUUCCAGCUUGAUGCAGAUAAUGAAGCUUUGCGAGGCCGUCUGCGCGCUCCGCAAGAGAAAAUCAUGUACACCCUGGUGCCAGUUCCUGAUGGCAUGGAUAUCUCCUCCAUCUUUGAGCUGGACCCCACCACUCUGAGAGGCGGUGACUCCAUGGUGCCCAGGAGCUCCUAUGUGAGGCUAAGACACUUGUGCACCAACACGUGGGUUCACAGCACCAACAACCCCAUUGACAAAGAGGAGGAGAAGCCUGUUAUGUUACGGAUUGGAACAUCAGCAGUAAAAGAAGACAAAGAAGCUUUUGCCAUUGUGCCAGUGCCACCAGCAGAAGUGCGUGAUUUAGACUUUGCCAAUGAUGCGAGUAAAGUGUUGGCAUCCAUCGCUGGCAAGCUGGAAAAGGGUACCAUUACACAAAAUGAAAGGAGGUUUGUUACCAAGCUUCUUGAAGAUCUAGUUUUCUUUGUGGUGGAUAUCCCCAACAGUGGGCAGGAUGUUUUGGAGAUCAUGGUCAACAAACCUAACAGAGAAAGACAAAAACUCAUGAGAGAGCAGAAUAUCCUUAAACAGAUUUUCAAACUUCUCCAAGCCCCUUUCACAGACAGUGGUGAUGGUCCCAUGCUGCGACUGGAGGAGCUCGGUGACCAGCGCCAUGCUCCUUUUAGACAUAUUUGCAGGCUUUGCUACAGAGUGCUCCGCCAUUCCCAACAGGAUUACAGGAAGAACCAGGAAUACAUAGCCAAACAAUUCCGCUUCAUGCAGAAGCAGAUAGGAUAUGAUGUGUUGGCAGAAGACACAAUAACAGCUUUGCUCCACAACAACAGGAAGCUGUUGGAGAAGCACAUCACUGCUGCUGAGAUAGACACAUUUGUCAGUCUAGUGAGGAAGAAUCAAGAGCCAAGGUUUCUAGACUACCUCUCAGAUCUCUGUGUGUCCAUGAACAAGUCCAUCCCUGUGACACAGGAGCUCAUCUGCAAUGCAGUGCUGGACCCUAGCAACGCUGACAUCCUCAUUGAAACUAAAUUGGUCCUGUCGAGGUUUGAGAUUGAGACUACAACAAACGGAGAGAAUCCGCUGGAGGCAGAGGACGAAGAGGAGGUGUGGCUGUUCUGGAAAGACAAUUGUAAGGAGGUCCGAAGUAAGAGCAUCAGAGAGUUGGCCCAGGAUGCAAAAGAGGGCCAGAAAGAGGACCAGGAGGUGGUCAGCUACUACAGAUGCCAGCUGAACCUUUUUGCCCGGAUGUGUCUGGAUCGUCAGUACCUGGCCAUCAACAAAAUCUCUGUUCAGCUGGAUGUGGAUUUGAUUCUACGCUGUAUGUCUGAUGAAGACCUGCCCUAUGACCUGCGAGCAUCUUUCUGCCGCCUGAUGCUGCACAUGCACGUGGACCGUGACCCCCAGGAGCCAGUCACACCUGUAAAAUAUGCUCGCCUUUGGUCUGAAAUUCCUUCUAAGAUUGCUAUUGAUGAGUGAGUUCAUCUCUUGAAUGCUUUUAAUCGACUUGUAUUUCCUUUCAAAAGAUAAGAGUGUGUCUCACAGAUGUGAUUCUCAUCUAACUACCUGCGAGAGGUGGUGUCACAGAACAUUCCCUUUUCUGACAAGGAGAAAAACAAGCUUACCUUUGAGGUAGUGAACCUGGCAAGGAACCUCAUAUACUUCGGUUUCUACAACUUUAGUGACCUGCUUCGACUGACAAAGAUUUUACUGAACAUUUUAGACUGUGUACACGUCAGUACCAUUUACCCCAUCAACAAGAUGGAGAAGGGAGAGGAAAACAAAGCUGGCAGCAACGUGAUGAAGUCCAUUCAUGGAGUUGGGGAGCUGAUGACCCAAGUAGUGCUGCGAGGAGGCGGCUUGUUGCCCACCACACAAACUCAUCAGCCAGAGGGUGAUGCAGUCAAAGCACAGACUGAGCCCGAGAGAGAAGACAUCAUGGUCAUGGACACAAAGCUCAAGAUCAUUGAGAUUCUGCAGUUUAUUUUGAAUGUACGGCUAGACUACAGAAUCUCUUGCCUGCUUUGUAUUUUCAAACGUGAAUUUGAUGAGAACAGCUCACAAGGAGACAACAUAGUCAGUCAGAAUGGAACCAGUAAUGUCACAGGUCAAAUGCCAGGCAAUCUUGAUUUUGAGAGCAUUGAAGAACAGGCAGAAGGGAUAUUUGGAGGAAGUGAGGAAAACACUCCAUUAGACCUGGAUGACCACGGUGGUCGUACCUUCCUGAGGGUCCUGCUGCACCUGACCAUGCAUGACUACCCUCCUCUUGUGUCUGGAGCACUUCACCUUCUCUUCAGACACUUCAGCCAGAGGCAGGAGGUCCUCAUGGCCUUUAAACAAGUUCAGCUACUGGUGACAAGUCAGGAUGUUGAUAACUACAAGCAGAUCAAGUCAGAUCUGGACCAACUCCGUUCUAUUGUGGAGAAGUCUGAACUCUGGGUUUACAAGAGGCAAGGAGAAGAGGGGAUGGAUGGAGACGGACCAUCAGAGCCUGACAACAAAAAAAAGGGGGAUUCACCUGAGUCAGACAAAAAGAAGACGGAAAGCACCAGCAGUUACAACUACAGGGUUGUAAAAGAGAUCUUGCUGCGCCUCAGUAAGCUGUGUAUCCAGGAAGGAAGCUCAGGGAGGAAGAGUAAGAAACAGCAGCAGAGGCUGCUGAGGAACAUGGGGGCUCACAGUGUGGUGCUGGAGCUCCUACAAAUCCCCUAUGAGAAGGGUGAAGAUGUCCGAAUGCAGGAGAUCAUGAAACUGGCUCACGAGUUCCUGCAGAAUUUCUGUGCAGGGAACCAGCAGAACCAAGCACUUCUCCACAAACAUAUCAACUUGUUUCUUAACCCAGGGAUCCUAGAAGCAGUCACCAUGCAACACAUCUUCAUGAAUAACUUCCAGCUGUGCAGUGAGAUCAGUGACCGCGUUGUUCAGCACUUUGUCCACUGCACUGAGACUCAUGGUCGACAUGUCCAGUAUCUCAAGUUCCUGCAGACCAUUGUGAAGGCCGAGAACAAGUUCAUCAAGAAGUGUCAGGACGUUGUCAUGGCUGAGCUGGUGAAUUCAGGUGAGGAUGUCCUUGUCUUCUACAAUGAUCGUGCCUCCUUCCAGACCCUAGUCCAGAUGAUGCGUUCAGAACGGGACCGCAUCGAUGAAAACAGCCCUCUAAUGUACCACAUCCAUCUGGUUGAACUGUUGGCCGUCUGCACUGAAGGCAAGAAUGUCUACACUGAGAUUAAGUGCAACUCCCUGCUGCCCUUGGAUGAUAUUGUGCGGGUCGUCACCCAUGAAGACUGUAUCCCUGAGGUGAAGAUUGCUUAUAUCAACUUCCUUAACCACUGCUAUGUUGACACAGAGGUGGAGAUGAAGGAAAUUUAUACAUCCAAUCAUAUGUGGAAGCUGUUUGAGAACUUCCUGGUGGAUAUUUGUAGGGUGUGCAACAACACCAGUGACAGGAAGCAUGCGGAUACCAUGCUGGAACGUUAUGUAACUGAGACAGUCAUGAGCAUUGUCACAUGUUUCUUCAGCUCUCCUUUCUCUGACCAGAGCACAAGCCUGCAGACUCGUCAGCCAGUAUUUGUACAGCUGCUUCAGGGAGUGUUCAGGGUAUACCACUGUAACUGGCUUAACCCUGUUCAGAAGGCCUCAGUGGAGGCUUGCAUUAAAGUACUCUCAGACGUGGCUAAAAGCAGAGCCAUUGCUAUCCCAGUCGAUCUGGACAGUCAGGUGAACAACUUGUUUGUCAAGUCCAAUAACGUUGUGCAGAAGAGCAUCCUUAACUGGAGACUGUCAGCUAAAAACACUUCCAGACGGGACUCUUGCCUGACUACCUCUAAAGACUACAGAAACAUCAUUGAGAGGCUACAGGACAUAGUGUCGGCACUGGAGGACCGUCUGAGGCCGCUGGUCCAAGCUGAGCUCUCGGUGCUGGUGGAUGUCCUGCAUCGUCCAGAGCUGCUCUUCCCUGAAAACACAGAAGCUCGCAAGAAAUGUGAAAGUGGAGGGUUUAUUUCAAAACUCAUCAAACACACCAAGCAGUUGCUGGAGGAGAAUGAGGAGCGCCUGUGCAUCAAAGUGUUGCAGACACUGAGAGAAAUGAUGACAAAAGACCGUGGCUAUGGGGAGAAGCUGAUUGCCUUUGAUGAUGAAAUGGAUGUGGCGGAGCUGGCACCUCCACCUGAGCCUGAAGUCCCUACUGAGGAGCUUGAUCCCAACCAGCCUCAGAAGCAACUGGAGGAUCAAAGGAGGGGAGAAGCUCUGCGACAGGUCCUGGUCAAUCGAUACUAUGGGAAUAUCAAACCUGGCCAGAGGAGAGAUAGCCUCACAACCUUCAGCAAUGGUCCACUUACUGCUGGAGCACAGGGAAAAUCACCUACAGUUGUCAGCUCUGGGGUUGGAGGUCGAGGGGAGCUGAGUUUGGCAGAGGUCCAGUGCCACCUGGAUAGAGAGGGGGCUUCUGACCUGGUCAUUGACCUCAUUAUGAAUGCUACCAGUGACCGGAUCUUCCAGGAGAGCAUACUGUUGGCUAUCGCACUGCUGGAGGGUGGAAACACAGUCAUCCAGCGGUCAUUUUACCAUCGUUUAACGGGGGACAACAAGUCUGAGAAAUUCUUCAAGGUAUUUAAUGAGCGCAUGAAGCUGGCCCAGCAGGAGAUAAAAGCGACUGUGACAGUCAACACUAGUGAUCUGGGCAGCAAAAAGAAGGAUGAGGAGCCACCAGACAAAGACACACCAGCACGCAAGAAAGUUAAAGACGUGCCGGUGGUGGCAGUGGUAACUGAGGAAGUGAGGGAGCAGCUAAUGGAGGCCUCUGCUGUCACCAAAAAGGCCUUCACAACCUAUCGCCGUGAGGUCGAGGCUGAAGAGCACCAAGCAGCUGCUGAUGGCUGCCCUGUCCCAACGGCUGACAAGGGUCAGGACGAAGGCGAGAUGAGCGUCAUCAUCACCAUCAUGCAGCCCAUCUUGCGCCUCAUGCAGCUGCUCUGUGAGAACCACAACAGAGAUCUGCAGAACUUUCUGCGCAACCAGAAUAACAAGAAUAACUACAAUCUGGUGUGUGAGACUCUUCAGUUCCUUGACUGUAUUUGUGGCAGUACCACAGGAGGACUGGGGCUGCUGGGACUUUACAUCAAUGAGAAGAAUGUGGGACUCAUCAACCAGACUGUGGAGAGCCUGACUGAGUACUGCCAAGGUCCCUGUCAUGAGAACCAGAACUGCAUCGCCACUCAUGAAUGCAACGGUAUUGACAUAAUCAUCGCUCUCAUCCUCAAUGACAUCAACCCCCUUGGCAAAAAGAGGAUGGAUCUGGUGCUGGAACUCAAAAAUAAUGCCUCCAAGCUUCUUCUUGCAAUUAUGGAGAGUCGCCAUGACAGCGAGAACGCAGAGAGGAUACUGUACAACAUGAGACCUAAAGAGCUGGUGGAAGUGAUCAAAAAGGCUUACAUGCAGGGUGAGAUAGAGGUGGAGGAUGGAGAGGAGGAGCACUCUGCGUCUCCACGCAACGUUGGUCAUAAUAUUUACAUCUUGGCACAUCAAUUAGCCCGUCACAACAAGGAACUCCAGGCUAUGUUGAAGCCAGGAGGGACGUACGGGGAGGGUGAUGAGGCCCUGGAGUUUUAUGCCAAACACACAGCUCAGAUUGAGAUCGUACGACUGGAUCGCACCAUGGAGCAGAUAGUCUUUCCGGUGCCCAAUAUCUGUGAAUUCCUCACCCAAGAGUCCAAGCUGCGUGUCUAUUACACAACAGAGCGGGACGAACAGGGUAGCAAAAUCAAUGACUUCUUCCUGCGCUCUGAAGACCUCUUCAAUGAGAUGAACUGGCAGAAGAAGCUGCGAGCCCAGCCCAUUCUAUACUGGUGUUCCAGGAACAUGUCCUUCUGGAGCAGCAUCUCCUUUAACCUGGCUGUGCUCAUGAACCUGCUUGUGGCCUUCUUCUACCCUCUGGAGGGUGUCCACAGAGGUACCUUGGAGCCCCAUCUGUCUGCCCUGCUGUGGAUGGCCAUGCUGGUGUCUCUGGCUAUUGUAAUCGUCUUGCCUCAACCUCAUGGCAUCCGAGCGCUCAUUGCCGCCACCAUCCUACGCCUGAUUUUCUCUGUAGGCCUGGAGCCCACUUUGUUCCUGCUGGGGGCCUUCAAUUUAUGUAACAAGGUCAUCUUCCUGAUGAGCUUUGUUGGGAACAGAGGAACCUUCACACGUGGCUACAAAGCCAUGAUCAUGGAUGUAGAGUUCCUGUACCACCUGCUCUACCUGAUUAUCUGCACCCUGGGGGUCUUCGUUCAUGUCUUCUUUUACAGCUUGCUACUCUUUGAUCUGGUUUACCGAGAAGAGACCUUACUGAACGUAAUCAAGAGUGUGACCCGCAAUGGCCGCUCCAUUGUUCUGACAGCCGUCCUGGCUCUUAUCCUUGUCUACCUCUUUUCCAUUGUGGGUUAUAUCUUCUUCAAAGAUGAUUUCAUUUUGGCUGUCGACAGGAUACCCAACAAAACACUAGAGCAUGGAGCCAGUAUGGUGGGAGAGUUAUUCUCUGGUGGAGUGUGUCAGAAAGAAAAUGCAGAAAACUGUUCAGCGGAGGCCGUGAUGGAUGGUUCCCUUGCCAUCCAGCCAUCAGCAGUGGUGAUUGAGGACAAGGAGCGGACAUGUGACUCCCUGCUCAUGUGCAUUGUCACAGUAUUGAGUCAUGGCCUCAGGAGUGGAGGAGGUGUUGGAGACGUCCUGAGGAAGCCAUCCAAAGAGGAGCCCCUGUUCACAGCCAGAGUGAUCUAUGACCUGCUCUUCUUCUUCAUGGUCAUCAUUAUUGUCCUCAACCUCAUCUUUGGUGUCAUCAUCGAUACAUUUGCUGACCUGAGGAGUGAGAAACAGAAGAAAGAGGAGAUCCUGAAGACAACAUGUUUUAUAUGUGGCUUGGAGAGAGACAAGUUUGACAAUAAGACUGUCACCUUUGAGGAACACAUCAAAGUUGAGCACAACAUGUGGCAUUAUCUGUUCUUCAUUGUCCUGGUGAAGGUCAAGGACUCGACAGAGUACACUGGCCCUGAGAGCUACGUGGCCGAAAUGAUCAGGGAGCACAACUUGGAUUGGUUCCCACGGAUGCGGGCCAUGUCCUUGGUCAGCAGUGAUGCAGAGGGAGAGCAGAAUGAGAUCAGAAACCUGCAGGAGAAACUGGAAUCCACCAUGAAACUGGUGUCCAACCUCUCGGGCCAGCUGACCGAGCUCAAAGAGCAGAUGACAGAACAAAGGAAACAGAAGCAGCGGAUUGGCCUGUUGGGACACCCUCAGCAUAUGAACGUCAACCCCCAGCAGCCUGGGUAGAGUCAAGUGGCACAGCCCCCGAAGCAGCUCAGCAUCUUUGUGCGUGUCUCGACGGAGCAUGCUACCCAUAAUGUAUACUGCACUGAGUGUGAACCUAACUUAUAACGGUAGGGAAAUACUGUAACAUAGGUAGUCAUAAGACGACAUGUAGCUCUACCCCACACACGUUACUCUGACCAGUAACACUCACCCACCUCGUCUAGUUCAGUCCAGCUGGAAUUGGUGCCAAAUAAAUUGGAUUUCACGGCCUUUACUGGUUGAACUUGAAACAUGAUAACUUGACAGGAAGAGUUAGAGCCAUUUGUUUUUCUGUUUUUAUUUUAAUGUUUUCUAUUUAUAUUUCUUCCAUAAUGAGCAGUAUUAAAUGUCUUAUUUUUGUAUGUUGUGCAGUAUAUUAACUUAAAUAUGCAACUUCAUUGGUGUGUGGAUUUAAGCUCCAUAAAUUGCCUCAUUUAAAGGUGUGGGCCAAUAUUUUUUGUCUGUAUUAAAUAAGGAGAUGUCGACUGUCUUUACUUACACAAAUAUAAAGAUAAUAUUUAAUAAGCUGGCCUUUUCAGUUUUAGUUUUUAUAUCUUGAAAAUGUGCAUACUACUUGAGUGUCAUUUGCACUUAAUAGUAUAUUGUGUAAGAGCAAUACAUAGUGAUAAUUUCCUUUCACCUGUGUAAAUCCAGUGGUGUCAUAUCUGCUAACUUAUUUUAUCAGUUUGCUUUCUUCUUGAAUUUGGUUCUAAAGGACAUUUAGUAAGUGUGACUUCUCUCUCAGAUAUACUACUUAACAUAAUUGUUUUCAGUUCCUGCUGUUACUGUUGGCUCAGGAUUUACAUACCUUUUACUUUUAUAAACAUAAUUAGCACAAUCCGUUCUGGUUUUUCAGCAGACUUGUUCCAUUUGUGUCUGUUUUGUCCCCAUUAAAUUCUGAUAUGUUUGCUGCUGGUGCAGGGUUACUAACUUUUACAUUCAUGUUCACUGAAAUCUAUUAGUUCAUUCAUUCUUUAAAAAUCUAAGCACUCUCAGUUUGCAUAUUAUAAAGUAGAAUUAUUUAUUAAAUUUGAUGUAAUUAUCCUUUA